UCUCUCUCUCUCUCACUCGCUCGCUCGGUCUCUCUCUUUCUCUCUGUCCCUCUCCUCGCUCACUCCCCUCCUCUUCAGCUCUUUCUUUCACACUCACACUCAUUGGUGGUUUGCCAGCCUCAACAAGCAGACCAGGACGUUGUCUAUGCUUUACCAUGGUGUAUGCAAUGAUUUCUGCUCUGUAGCUUCUGUUUUCAGCACACUUCUGUUCAGUGUGUCAGGCUGGCAGAUCCUCCCUCUGCAGCUCAACUGUAGACCGCUUCAUAGCUCUUGCACGGGGGUCGAAGCGAUGGAGGCUGUAGCUAUCUACGACUUUCGUGCCACAGAGAGCGAUGAACUCAGCUUCCAGAAGGGUGACAUACUUAAGAUCACUAAUAUGGAAGAUGACCCAAACUGGUACACGGCAGAGUUAAUGGGAAGGAAGGGCUAUGUACCCAAAAACUAUAUUGAUUUAAGACCACACACGUGGUUUGCAGGCCGGAUUUCCAGACAUGUUUCUGAGGGACGACUGCGCCAGAGGGAAUGUGGAGCCUUCUUGGUACGAGAGAGCGAAAGCGCACCUGGAGAGUUCUCCAUGUCAGUCAGCUAUGGUGAGCAUGUGCAACACUUCAAGGUUCUGAAGGACAGAGAGGGACAGUACUUUAUCUGGGACGAGGUAUUUUCAUCUCUCAACCAGUUGGUGGACUUCUACAAAAGCAACAGCAUUGCUAAAGAAAGGACAGUCUUUCUCCAUGAGGCAGACCGCUCUCAAAGGAGGCCACAUCAUGCCCACGCACUGGUAGACUUCAUCCCCAAGCACAACUCCCAGCUUCAAUUCCUGCGCGGUGAUGUCAUUGACCUGCUCGACUGCUCAGACCCGCAGUGCUGGAAGGGACGCUGCAAUGGGCGUGUUGGGAUCUUCCCCAAAGAGUACGUCAAGCUCAUUUACCACUGACUUCAUCAGAGCCUCAUGCAGGGGGUCACCUGUGCUCCAUUAUGAUCAGCGCAUAUGUGUGGUCUGAUAUACCUAAUUAAUUUGAUCAGUUAUUAAAAAGACGUAUGGAGCAGGGAAAUGAUUGAAACGCUUGUGGACUGCUACAGACAGGUGUAAUGUUGUGUCUGUGGAAACAAAACAUGUCUUCCCUGAUAAGUGGUGAAUGGGAAAACAGAAAGAACUGUGUAAUCCUCUUCAUUUUGCCUACAGCUUAUACAUGUAAUCAUAUAGACACUAAGAGUCUCUCUUUGGGCUUCCCACUGAGGAAACAAGAAACAUCACUAAACAAAGAAAAAGAGCAAUAGGUUCAAACGCAACAUUUUGCUGCACUUAUUUUUUGUAAAACCCCCCCCCCCCCAGCUCUAUAAUUGUAGAUUGUGUACUUUGUGGUGUUUUUAUAUAUACAUAUGUGUAAAUUUGUCUGUUGUUCUUAACAUAUUUCUUUUAAAUGACUUGGACGUGAUUGUUGCAGUAAAAAAAAGGGACAAUAAAUGUGUGUUAAUGAUAA